GUUUUGUAAGUUUACUCUGAUUCUUAAAAUAAAAAUGAAGUUUUUAUUUAGUCUGUUGACUGUUUGCUUAGCUGUUAAUCAGUUUGAUUGUCUUGAAUAUAGCGAAGUUGUUGAAUUACCUCUAGGUAAAAUUAGAGGUGCAACUAAACAAUGGAGAGGUCGAUCAAUUUACGAAUACAAGGGUAUUCCAUAUGCAACAGCUCCAGUCGAUUCACUUCGAUAUUCGUUACCCGCUCACCCUAAGCCAUGGGAAGGGGUUAAAGAUACGGUCGCUUUCGGAAAAUCUUGUCCAUCACUAGCUUCAUGGGCGACUAAGAUUGAAGACAUGGACGAAGAUUGUCUUUACAUGAAUAUUUAUGUCAACAAGGAAACGUUUGACGCUCGAACUACUCAAUUGAAACCAGUUCUCUUUUGGAUCCAUGGUGGUAGUUUCAUUCGCGGAAGUGCUGGUGAUUUUGAUGUUUAUAUUGGAACUCCUUUAGUAAUUCUUGAAGAUGUCAUUUUGGUCACUAUUAACUAUCGAUUGGGACCGUUAGGGUUCUUACAUGAUGAAGAAUUGAUUCCUUCUCUUACUCCCAAUCUCGGUCUUUGGGAUCAACAUUUUGCUCUCAAAUGGACACGAGAUAAUAUUCACCUUUUUGGUGGUGAUCCAUAUCAGAUCACAAUCUUUGGACAAUCAGCUGGCUCUGCGUCCGUUGCUUUUCAUAUUCUCUCUCCUCAUAAUAAGGGUUUAUUCAAAGGUGCCAUCAUGGAAUCAGGUGGAAUAAUGAAAUCAAACCAAGAACUUAACAUUACAACUUCAUCAGAAACCGUUGAAGCUUGUGGAUGCAUGAAUGCCACAGAUAAAAUGUCUUGCCUUCGAUCAAUCCCAUGGACUGAUCUCUUGAACAACACUUUCGCUUUGAAUUCAAAGUUCAAGCCAGUUUACGGUGAUAAAUUUGUUCCUUUAGAUGAAACUCGAGCCAUUGCAACUGGACAAUUCAACGAUGUCAAUCUGCUGGUCGGAGCCGAAAGGGAUGAAGGAGAUCGCCUCAUCUGUAAAACUUACAAUUUCGCUGUUCUCAAAGCUUCUAAUUCAAAUACAUCUACUUAUGGCUAUAUCCAUACUCAGGUCUCAUUAACACCGAUCGGUGUUCCUUCACCAGAUUGUAGUAGGCAAGUGGAUAAAGUUUGUCACGGCAAUGAAUUGGUCUUCGUUUUUGGAUCUCCUAUUCGUGAACCUGAAAACUUUGAUGCCGAUGAUAUCGAAUUGAGUCUUAAUUUUAUGAAAACUUGGGCUGAUUUUGCUCGAAACGGUGUACCAAGUAAACAAGGACCAAUUGUUUGGCCUCAAAUGGUUGGAUCUAAAAUGGUUAAUCUGAUUGAAUUGAACAACAAGUUCGUUGGUAAAAUCGAUAACAUAACAGGCACAAAAUGUUUAUCAACAAUUUAACUGUCAAAAAACUCGGAGCGAAAAAGAAAAAUAAAUUAAUCAUUUAAA